AUGCCGACUUUGAAUCGGGUUUUGAAGCUUUUCCUUUUCGUUUUCAUCGCCAAGCUCCAUUCAAUCAGCUGCAGCGCAAUUUUUUCUUCAGACCCGUAUGCCCAGCAGCAGCUGGAUAGAAUCUCAAAGCUUCCAGGGCAGAAUUUCAACGUGAGCUUUGCACAUUAUGCUGGCUAUGUUACAGUCAACAAGGAAUCUGGGAGAGCACUAUUUUAUUGGUUCUUUGAGGCCGAUGAGGACCCGUCUUCCAAGCCUGUUGUUCUUUGGCUCAAUGGAGGCCCUGGAUGUUCAUCUAUUGCAUAUGGAUUAGCUGAGGAAAUCGGACCUUUCCAUAUUGAGAAAGAUGGGAAGACCCUUUAUUUGAACCCUUAUUCUUGGAAUAAAGCUGCAAAUAUAUUGUUUCUUGACUCUCCAGUUGGAGUUGGUUUUUCAUAUUCAAAUGUCACCAAUGAUCAACUGAACAAUGGUGAUAAAAGGACGGCUGCCGACAAUCUAGAAUUUUUAUUGCAGUGGUUUAAACGUUUUCCACAGUAUAAAGGAAAGGACUUCUACAUCACAGGAGAAAGUUAUGCAGGGCACUAUGUACCACAAUUAAGCCAAGCCAUCAUGAGGCACAACCACAAAAAUGGAGAAGUCCUCAUCAAUCUGAAGGGUUUCAUGGUAGGAAAUGCGCUAACAGAUGAUUUUCACGAUCACUUGGGACUCUUCCAAUUUAUGUGGUCAGUUGGUAUGAUUUCUGAUGAGACCUUCAAGCAGUUGAAUGUUUUCUGUGACUACCAGUCAUUUAUACAUGCCUCAGGGCAGUGCGAUAAAGUUCUUGAUAUUGCUGAUGAAGAAAUUGGAGACAUUGAUAUGUAUAGUAUCUUCACUCCCCCAUGCACUGCCAAUUUUAAUAGAUUUAGUCGCCUAUUAAAAAGAAAGAAAAAGGUUGGUCUUAUCAGAAGUGCGUAUGAUCCUUGCACAGAGCAGCACUCAACUGUCUACUUCAAUCUUCCCGAGGUUCAAGAUGUUCUUCAUGUUCAUAGCAAAAAUUCCCCAUCCAAAUGGGAAACCUGCAGUGACGAGGUGAAUGACAAUUGGAAGGAUGCUCCUAUAUCAGUGCUGGACAUCUACCGUGAGCUUAUACCUUCAGGACUUCGUAUUUGGAUCUUCAGUGGGGAUACUGAUGCUGUAAUUCCAGUUACAUCCACUCGGUAUAGUAUAGAUGCUCUAAAUCUUCCAACGAUUAGUCCUUGGCGUGCUUGGUAUGACGAUGGCCAGGUAGGGGGAUGGACACAGGAGUACAAUGGGCUAACUUUUGUGACAGUUAGAGGGGCAGGCCAUGAAGUUUCCUUGCAUAAACCAAAGCAAGCCUUGACACUUAUCGAGUCUUACUUAUCAGGAAACUCUAUGCCAAAACUGAAACAAAUCAGUGAUUUAUAA